AUGGCCUACACUCUUUUCACUUAUUUGCUUCUCCUUUGUCUCGCAUUGUCAAAUUUUUGCCAUGGCUUCAACCCGAAGCUGCUAAACGUAUCGAAAUCUUAUGGCCCAGGUUCGGGAUCAGGCUCGGGCUGGGCGACUACCCAAGCCACUUGGUAUGGAGCUCCCAACGGCUUUGGAAGUGAUGGUGGUGCGUGUGGAUAUACGACCGCUGUUAGUUCCGUGCCAUUUUCUUCGAUAGUAACAGCAAUCGCUCCUACUCUUUACGACUCGGGCCAUGGCUGUGGAACUUGCUAUCUGAUAAAAUGUAGUUCGUCGACACAUUGCUCGGGGAAUACGGUGAGGGUUGUCGCCACCGAUGAGUGCCCUGGCUGUGACCCUAACAAUCACUUGUUUGAUUUGAGCGGCACUUCUUUUGGACUGAUGGCCAUUUCUGGACAGGAAGACCAACUUAGAAAAGUCGGAAACCUGGAAAUUCAAUAUCAAAUGGUGGAAUGCAAUUAUCCGGGAGUUGACGUGGCAUUCAGAGUUGACACAGGUUCGAACGCAAACUAUUUUGCGGUGGCCAUAGAGUACGAAGACGGAGACGGGCUCACAGGGGUCGAGCUCAGGCAAUCCAAUACCGCUAACGAGUGGCUCACAAUGACUCAACUUUGGGGUUCCGUUUGGAAAGUGGACCUUCCCAACAACUAUCCAUCACCCUUUUCGAUUAAACUCAUACAAGGCGACUCAACAAUAAUCGCCGAAAAUGUUAUACCGGCCAAAUACGCAACCGGAAAAACUUACACAUCCAAAGUCAACUUUUAA